CGCAGACCAAAAGUUUUGAGACUUCCUGCCUCCCUUCACACCCCAGCGCUUCCCCGCCACUUCCCUCAACAGCAAUGGCACUUUUUCGUAGCGUCAGCGUCCUCUGCGUCCUCUCCCUGGUGCUGCUGACAGCCCUGCCACGAGCAGCGGCGUCCGUGCAGCCGUCGCCCGAGGAGCAGGACGCCCGGCAGCUGAGGGACGCCAAGGCGGACGCCGAGGAGAAGGCAAAGGCGUCGAUUGCGAAAGGAGCGGCUGACAAGGACGGAAACGCCAUCGACGAGGAGGAAAAGGUGAGGAGAACCCCGGGAGACGGGCACGUGAGACGUCUUCGUGUGUGUGUGUGCGUAUGUGCGACAGCCUGCCAAAGAUAAGAAGGAAGACGCCGCGGCGCAGGGUGAGAGGGGGAGAGACCACAUUUGUGUGUCGGGUGGCAUUUGCACCCUGUGGUGUGUGGUUGUGGUGUUGUGUGUGUGUGUGUUCAGCUCCUGCCGGGAAGAAGAAGAAGGACGAGAAGGCGCCCAAGCUGCCUGACGACAGGAUGGACGACCUCAUGAACGACCCACACGAGAUCAUGAUGGACCUCAACGUAGACGACUACAACGAAAUGGCCGAAAUCGAAAAGGCCAAAUACUACGACCCCAAAUGUACUCUCACACACACACACACACAGACACACACACACUGCCACACCUCAGCACACAAUGACGCUUACCGAUGUGUGUGUGUGUGUCCCGUGUCCGUCGCUGACAGAUGAUUUCGAUAUGAACCUACUCUACGAGGGCAAAAUCGGUACGUAAGUGGUUGUGUGGUGCCCCACAACACACACACACAACCGACACACCAGCCACGCCCACCCCGGAUGGACCCCCCACACCACACCACAUGUGUCAUGUGGGUGUCGUCUGUGUGUCGUGCAGGCGAGACUGUAGAGGGCGACGACGUGUUUGACGACGACGACGAUGAGGACUUUGAUGAGGAUGAGGACGAUCAGGAAGAGCUCGAGGAAUACGAAACAGCCGGCUUCAACCCUGACGACGGUCCGCACACACCCUCCACGCACACACACACAGAGAGAGACUGGCACCUGACACCCAUAGCCGGGAUGAUAUGUGUGGUGUCUGUGUUGUCUGUGUUGCCUGUAGGAUCGGUGCGUCGCCUGCACGACGGUCCGCACGGCGGCCCCGGUCCUGCGGGCGGCCUCCCUGGCAACCCGAAAAAAGCACCCAAAGUGGACGAUGAGGAGGAGGAGAUCGACGAGGACGGUAGGCACCGCAUGGCACCACUCCUUUGGGCGGGCUGACAGUUGUAGCCUCUCUCUCUCAUGUGUGCGUGUGUUGGUCCUGCAGAUGAGGAAGAGCUCGAUGAUGAAGACGAAGAGCUCGAUGAUGAAGACGAAGGUAACCCACACAUGCGCCCUCUCCAUCACUAUACCGUCACCCCUUGCUGUCUGCAGAUGAGCUCGACGAGGACGAGGCCGAGGCCGAGGGGUUUGCCGAAGACUUCGAGGAGAUGUACCGGAUGGGCGGCCACAAGCAGGAACCCGCUGCCUGUGAGCAAAGACGACAGAGGAUGCAAACCCCCUCCCCGCACCGCACACCCUCUCUCCUGUCUGUCUGUUUGUGCGUAUGUGUGGGAUUUGGUUGCGUCUAAGCAUCAGAUGUCAAAGCGGAUGACGGUGUGAUGGUGAUGGGGUCAGACGAGGGAGAGAGUGACGCGACAGAGGAGGAGUGAGUGACGCGACACCGCUGUCGCCAGCAGGGCAGCAAGUGUGGGUAAUUAGUGUGGGUGGGAGUUGUUGGACUGACGGACUGUCUGGUUAAUGCUGUCGUGCCGCGGGGAAAGACUGGGAGCAUCGCACCGCCUAUCCCUCCAUCGCAUUGAUUCAUUGAUUCAUACGCUGCCUGGCUGCCUGGCCGGCUGAUCGAUCGCAUGAUGUGUGUCUUGUCUCAUGUUGAUGUCUGGUCUGUCUGUCUCGUGGCGGCCCCGGGAGAUGCGUUUGUCGGUCUACCCGCGCCUUUCUACCUACCUGUCUGUCUGGCUUCCUAGAUGCGACGUGACGUAAUGUGUGCCGUGUAGAGACUCCUGCCUGACUCCUGGAGGGAUGGGUGCAUAGUCGAGUCGUGGUGUGCAAAGAUGGCGUGUGAGGUGACCUCGCCGCAUUCGUCCUUCCAGCAAACAAGUAAUACAACUUUG